UUCCGGAAGUAAAUUGUUGUCAGUGUCAGCCAGACUUUCCAUAAGGACUAUCAAGCCUCAAGUCUUCAACACCGUAACGACAGGUGUGCCCUCAUCCCAGGAUGGCACAUUGGUUUCACAGAAACCCACUGAAGGCAACAGCGCCUGUGUCAUUUAAUUUUUAUGGCGUGGCAGGGAGCCCCGCUGCCAACAAGAUAUGCAAUGACCUUCGGACAACAAGGGCGAGACUGCUGGAGAUGUUCACUGAUGUCACCUGCAACCCAGAGAUCAUGAAAAAUGCCACAGAUGCAUACUUUUCCCUUUUGCAAGGCUUUAUCUUGUCCUUGGAUGGAACUACACAGGAGAACAAGAUGAGGUUCAUCCAGAACUUCAAGUGGACUGACACCUUACAAGGAAACACACCAAGUGCCCAGCAGGAUGCAGUCUUUGAACUGGUCUCCAUGGCCUUCAAUGUCGCCCUCUGGUACACCAAGUUUGCCUCGAGACUAGCAGGGAAAGAAAACAUAACAGAGCCUGAAGCGAAAGACGUUCACCGUAGCCUGAAGGUUGCUGCUGGAAUAUUCAAAAACCUCAAGGAGGUUCACAUCCCUCGCCUCAUCACCCCGGCUGAGAAGGGCCGAGACCUGGAGCCCAGAGUGAUCGAUGCUUACAUCAUCCAGUGCCAAGCAGAAGCACAGGAAGUGACAAUUGCCAGAGCAAUUGAACUGAAGCACAAUGCCACACUCAUCGCAGCGCUGGCAUUUGAAACAGCAAACUUCUAUCAAAAAGCUGACCACACAUUGAACACCCUGGAGCCAGAGUGCAGCAGCAAGUGGAGGAAGUAUCUUCAGCUGAAGCAGCACUUUUACAUGGCUUAUGCAUACUGCUAUCAUGGGCAGACACUGCUGGCAAGUGACAAGUGUGGUGAGGCUAUAAGAUCUCUCCAGGAAGCAGAAAAGUGUUACUCCCGUGCUGAGGCGCUGUGUAAAGAGUAUCGUCAGACCAAAGGCCCGGGCACCACAGCCAAACCAUCAGAGCAGCUGUUCUUCCUCAAACUGGGCGGCGUCAUUAAAAACACACUGGAGAAGUGCCAGAGAGAAAAUGGCUUCAUAUACUUCCACAAGGUCCCAGCUGAGGCACCCCAGCUGGAGUUGAAGGCGAGCUACGGCCUGGCUGAGCCAAUCCUGUUCGAGCUGCCGUCUCUCAGCGAGCAGUGCACUGCUGAAGUCUACGCCACCUUUGACCUGACCAAGGGAGCCAAAAAUGACAAGGCCAAACCCAAGGAGGAGGAGGUGAAACCAGUGAAGGAGCCAGAUUUGAAGCCUCAGAAGGACACAGGCUGUAUCGUCUCCUAAACCUUCCUCAGACUUCAUUUUCAGCCUCACGCUUCAGUACCAUCGAUUAUAAUGAUGGCGUCUAUAUUUCCUCCCAUUCCCUCCACCAUAGCAAAAUGUAUAUUUUUUUGUGACAUUAAUCCAUGGUGUUUUACAUUUAUGCUGAAACAUGUGUAUUGUAUUUGGGUAUAACAACCAUUAUCAUUGCACUUAAGCCAGAGCCAGUUAAACAUAAUAGAAUGUGGCAACAUCCUCAAAACAGCUAUUCUAUGACAUUAAACACAAACAGCAUGUCUAUAAAAUAAACCUGAAACAGUUCUUUCAGGUCAGUAAUUAGGUUCUUAUCUUGAAGAAGCCUUAUGGUCAAUGUAGUUCCAUUAAUGGUGCCUUUGGCUGCAGGGUAAACCUUUUCACUGUGUUUUACACAAGUGUCUGGGUUUUGGCACUGGCCUCAUGAUAGAUGAUUCAAACAAUGGAAAUUGGUCUGUUAAACAUACUGAAUGACCUCAGGACAAAGAUCCAAACAAAAUACAGGGACUGGUUUUUAUACUGAAUAUCUACCACUACAUAGACUAUGAUGAAAUGAUCUGAAAAAUCUGAGUAAUUAUAGGAAGUGCAGUCACAUAAUCGACCUGUAAACUAAAAUACUUUUAGAUGAAUAGAAUAAAUUUCCAGCUGAGAUUUGUUCAGAACUACAUUGUAAAAAAACAAGACUGCAUGUGUUAUUGCUUGGUGCAGGUUUGUUUUUAGCUGUAGCAGUUUACAAUCAAUAUUUAAUUUAGCUCACAUGACGUAUGUACUGUAGUUCUUUUUGUACAUGACAUAGCUGUUUUCUACUUUGACUUCUCAUGGAUAAGGCUGAAUCAUUCUUUAACAUGGUGUUUACCAUUUUGGGGAUAUUAUCCCUGAUAGGUUUUAAUUUAUUUCUUUUCGUCUGUAGUGAUAGUUUAGUUGACGACUUACAACACUUAUGACAGUAUACAGCUUUAUGAAACUCGAAUCAUGUUUUUGGUGAUUUUAUUAUGUUUCAGUGGAUACAUCAGAGUAGCUACUGAUAUAUAUAUAUAUAUAUAAACAAUGCUUACUCCUGUAAACUGUUGCUGAGAGUUCUGUUGUCAGUAGUUGACACAAUGUAUGUGCUUAUGUACAUGUACUGAUUGUUAUAUUCUCCCUUAAAGACAAAAAUCUGGGAAGUGUGAACACACGGGGGGGCUGCUCCAACUGCUUCACAGAAGUUGCUCACAUUGUCAAAACUCACCCACUUAAUGUAGUCGCAUCAGAUGAAGGAUAACUAUCAAUUGCUGGAAACUUGUAUAAACUGUAAUAUACAACUCACGUGUAUUCAUACUCUUCAUAUCCCCACACAUCAUUAUUAUCUUACCUGAGCUGGACUAGUCGUGAAAGAGCAGACAAGCGUACCUUCUUACUAAACUUCUAUAUUGCACAUAGUAUUCAGUUGUGCAGGGAGCUCUGUUGGUUAAGACACUUCGUCUUCUUGUGGUCUGGUUUGGUUCUAACUGACAUACUGGUUUAUGACACUUUGAGCGUUGAAUUGAGUAUAGAGGCAUAAAUCAGAGCAAGUUCUUUUUUCCUUUUAAGACAACUGUUUAUUAAAAGGGUGUGUUGAGUCAUCACUCCAGUGUACACUCUUGUUGCUCAUUAUUUGCCCUCUAAUGGUGUCUGUCAUGUAAAGUGUAUUUCAGAUGGUAUUAAAUCAUUCACAAAACUCAA